CGUCUUCCCUUCCACUCUUCUCUUCUUACUUCUGUGAGUCUAGCGGAUCUCUCUAUCGGGUGUUCUUCGCGAUUUUUUAUUGUAUUGAGCGAAGAAUUUAUGGGGGCUUGCCUUCGAUUCGCCCUUCUGUUCACAAUUUUUUUUCUUGUUUGGGUCUCUGGUUCGAUUUCAAUCCCUAAUAAGCAAUCGCUGGGUAUUGAUCCGCAAGAUUUGAGCUAUUAUAAAAGCAAUGUGAUUAAAUGCAAGGACGGAUCAAAGAAAUUCACUAAAGAACUGCUUAACGACGACUUCUGUGACUGCCCUGAUGGAACAGACGAGCCAGGAACUUCGGCUUGUCCAGAGGGAAAAUUCUACUGCCAGAAUGCUGGACAUGUUCCGGUUAAAAUCUUCUCUUCCAGGGUUAAUGAUGGCAUAUGUGAUUGCUGCGACGGAAGUGAUGAAUAUCAUAGUAAAGCAAAUUGUACAAAUACAUGUUGGGAAGCAGGAAAGGCUGCUAGAGGAAAAUUGAAGAAGAAAAUAGAAACAUUUAAGGAAGGACUUAUUUUAAGGAAAGAAAUUGUUGAAAAGGCAAAACAAGCAUAUGUUAAAGAUGAGGAAGAACUUGCAAAGCUGAAAAAUGACGAGAAGGUGCUCAAAGAGUUGGUGCAAAAACUUAGAGAGCAAAAGGAAAGAGUAGAUAAACUUGAGGAGGAAGAACGAUUGAAAAAGGAGAAGGAAGAAAAAAGAUUGAGGGAAGAGGAGGAGAAAUCCAAGGAGCAAGAGAAAAAAACAGAGGAAACUGAACAUGAUGACACGAUCGAUAAUCAUGAUCAGGAUGGAUCAAAAAGCAGUCCUGAUAUUGAAAUUGAAUCUGGGGAUGAUAGCAGGGAAAGUAAAACGGCUAGCCAUGAGGCAGUGGAGCAGCAUGCUGGUGAAGAGCAUGAUGAUAUUUUGGAAUCCAGUGAUGAUUUUUCAGAAGUUGGUGAGAUAUCUCCUAACGAGGUACCCAAACAGGAUCAAGUUGAAUCUGUUACUACUGAAGAGUUAUCAAGAGAAGAGCUGGGUCGUCUUGUAGCUUCCCGCUGGACUGGUGAAGGUGCGGAUCAGACAGCUGAUAAAAUAAGAAAUGUUGAGGAAGACCUAAUGGAUCAAAAACCAUAUGUCGCGCAUGAACACAAAGGCUUUACCUCAGAAACUGAUGAUGAUAGAGCAAAAGAAGAAGAAGAAGAAGAAGAUGAUGAUGAUGCUGAUAGUAAUGAGGACAGUUUUCAUGAUGAUCGAGAUGAUGAAUUUGCAGAUGACCAUGCAGAUUUAGAUGGGUCUUAUAAUACUAAUGAAUAUGAGCAAACUGAUCCUGUAGAUACCACAGAGGCAAGUAGCUCAUCAUGGUUGGGCAAGAUACAACAGACUGUGCAGAACGUUCUUCAGGCUUUCAACUUCUUCAAGACUCCAGUGAAUGUAUCAGAUGCCACUCAUAUUCGGAAGGAAUAUGAUGACGCGAGUUCAAAACUGUCGAAGGUGCAGUCGAGAAUAUCCAGUUUGACAGAAAAACUUAAACAUGAUUUUGGCAAGGAGAAGGAAUUCUAUUCCUUCCAUGAUCAGUGCUUUGAGAGUAAACAGAACAAAUAUGUGUACAAGAUAUGCCCAUUCAAACGAGCUUCACAAGAUGAGGGCUACAGCAGUACACGAUUGGGUAGUUGGGAAAAUUUUGAAGAAUCCUACAGGGUUAUGGUCUUCUCCAAUGGUGAAAAAUGCUGGAAUGGCCCUGAUAGGAGCUUAAAGGUUAGGCUUAGAUGUGGAUUGAAAAAUGAGAUAAGCGAAGUUGAUGAACCGAGUCGAUGCGAAUAUGUUGCUUUGAUGUCCACUCCUGCUGUAUGUUUAGAAGAUAAAUUGAAGGAACUGGAGAAGAAACUAGACCAACUGAACGCACCAAAAGGCCACGACGAACUUUGAACACCAUUUCUCUACACCAAAAAGCUGCUGCUUUACAUUCAUUGUUACAACUCUGCAGCCCACGGUAGAUAGCUUUUUUGUUCUUAGAAUUAUUGGAAAGCAAUUCAGAAAAAUUUCGAGCUUUUUUUGGAUUUUUAUUUCAUCUAUUUCGCACUAGAAUAUAUGUUGUUAUUGUCGCAUUUAGGUACAUAUGUAAUGCAUAAACUAUAACUUUUUUUUACAAUUAUACUGCCUAUAACAAUACGUUCGAGGCGAGCUGGGGUCGGCUUGAAUAAAUUCAGUGUGCGGCUCCAAAUCGGCAGGUGGCAUGUUAU